CCUGAAAGCUUUUGACCGAGAAGUAAAUGCAUUUGUGGACUAUAUGUUUGGACCUCGAGAUACCAGGGUUAGAGGAUGGUUCCUUCUGGACUCUUACCUUCCCACAUUUUUCCUCACUGGAGCAUACCUGCUCUGCAUAUGGCUGGGCAACCGGUUCAUGAAGAACAGGCCGGCUUUCUCACUCAGGGCUCUCCUCAUUGUAUAUAACCUUGGGAUCACACUGCUCUCCUUGUACAUGUUCAUCGAGCUCAUCCUAGCCACGUGGGAAGGAGGCUACAACUUGCAGUGUCAGAACCUGCACAGCGCGGGCGAAGCCGACAUCCGGGUAGCCAAGGUGCUGUGGUGGUAUUAUUUUUCCAAAGUAAUUGAAUUCAUGGACACYAUCUUCUUUGUACUGAGAAAGAAAAGCAACCAGAUCACCUUCCUUCAUGUGUAUCACCAUGCCACUAUGUUUAACAUUUGGUGGUGUGUUCUGAAUUGGAUACCUUGUGGUCAAAGUUUCUUUGGACCUACUUUGAAUAGCUUUAUCCAUGUGCUCAUGUAUUCUUAUUAUGGGCUGUCAGUCAUCCCUUCCAUGCGCAAGUAUCUCUGGUGGAAGAAGUACCUCACUCAAGCACAACUGAUCCAGUUUCUGCUCACUAUUGCRCACACACUCAGUGCGGCUGUGAAGCCGUGCGGGUUUCCAUUUGGCUGCCUCAUGUUCCAGUCAUCCUAUAUGGCCACGUUGGUUAUUCUCUUCGUAAACUUUUAUAUUAAGACAUACCGGAAAGCAUCUUCAAGAAUGACUAUAAAGGAAACUACUCUCACAACAGAAAUCAAGAAUGGUUUCCAUAAGGACUACUUUACUACUGCCAAUGGAUUCCCGAACAAUAAGAAAGCCCAAUAAGUAACUCAAUACUACGGUGUAGUAUUUUUUUUCURAAAAAAAAGACUGAAUUACAAGCUGUAGCUUAAACCCCAUUUGAUUGCAUUUAUCAUUUCUUCAUACCAGUCACUAAUGUACUGCUACUUAGGUUUUAACAAAACAAGUAAAUUUACUAGCUCUGUCAAAAAUCACCAUCAGAGCAAUAAGGCCAAGAGAAAUAUCAUCUUUCUCUUAUGCAAAAGAAAAUAAACUUUUCACAUGUCUAUUUCUGAUAUGAUAAUAAUAAUGAAAAAGCCUUAUAAAGCACUUCAUGGAGAAAUCCACUGAAGCCUUCAGAAGGUUAGGACUCUGUUCAGAUUAACAGGUUGAGUGCUUUCUGUGUGCAUGAGAAGUCUUGAAACAGGGGUUUGCAACAAGCUCAGCUAAACCAUGGUCAAGAUCAAAAAAGAAGAAAUGAACAGGGGGAAAAGAUACGAGAAUCAUACUAUUUCCCUCACCAUGCCCCCCUGCUGGUCCACUAGCUGGGUCCAGCCUUCCCCACAUUCCCAGGAUCUCUCAGGAGGGAUGUGGCAGAGGGCAAGCCCAGGCACCAUCAUAGGGGUUGCAGACAGACAGACAUACCCCAUGCUUGCUUGCUUUGCACACUGAGAUUCCAGCCUGAGGUGGUGGGAGCUUCUUGUUUCAGGGAUCUGGGACUGGUAGCACCAGCAGGCUGCAAGCUGUAGGGUUUAGAUUACACAUUAUUGAACAAUAAUACGGGUUUUUGAGCUCCAGUAGGAGCAAAGUGAGUCCCUUUGAAUGUGCUAAGUUAAUAGGAGUCCUAACUCAGUGGCUUCUGGAAGAAAGGGGAGCUCAACAACUUAAUGAAGAUAAAUCCUUCGAUCAUAAAGGUGCAUGAAGGAAAACUAACUCUGUACAAACACUGCUAACUUGAAGCAUGAAAUGCCAAAUAUUAGUACACUACAAGACUAACAAAAACACUCUUAACAGAAACACUUUCCAGAGUUGCCCCAGACCAGCAGAUCUCUCAAACCAAAGUGAUUCUCUCAGGGUAUGAUUUGAAUCAAUUCCCAUUACUGCUCAGUUAUUGGAAUUGUGAACAAAACCCAUCAGCUCCAUCAGAAAACUGAAUUCCUCAUAAAACUGUGGUGUAUACAGAAUGCUUAAGCAGCCAGGCUGCUAAACUGUGCCAUCAUAAACUGGGUGACCAAAACAACUUCAACAUUCAAGCACAGCAAGCCGCCAGCAUUCAUCUAGCUGCUGCAUGUUGCUGUCUUCAUGUUUGCUCGCUCCUCAUGAAGAUGACAACAGUGCAAGUCAUCAUUUUGCUUUAUUUUUAAAAUUUGCCAAGGAGAGAAGAUGACAACCAAAAAAACGCAGUGAUGGAGCCUGUACUCUGUGCACUCCUACUGAUUUUUGCU